CACCAGUCGCACCACUGGCGGCGGCGCCAUGUACGGCCUGCUGCUGGAGAACCUGGCCGAGUACAUCAAGGUCGGCUACGGCGAGGACAUGUGGGAGACGGUGCGGCGCGAGGCGCUGGUGGACGUGCCGUCGUUCUCGACGCACCAGGUGUACCCGGAGUCGCUGAUCCCGCGGCUGGCCAGGGCCGCCUGCAAGAUUCUGAACCUGAAGGAGCAGGAGUUCUUUGAGAACAUGGGCGUCUACUUUGUGGGCUUCGUCGGCCAGUACGGCUACGACCGGGUGCUCUCCGUGCUGGGGCGGCACGUGCGCGACUUUCUGAACGGUCUGGACAACCUGCACGAGUACCUCAAGUUCUCGUAUCCGCGCAUGAGGCCGCCGUCGUUUUUCUGCGAGAACGAAACACCAACCGGCAUGGUGUUACACUACCGGAGCAAACGACGGGGCUAUGGAGGCUACACCAUGGGACAAAUCAAACAGGUGGCUCGGCACUUCUACGACACCGAGAUGGAGAUCGAGCUAGUGCGCGAGGACUCGCUGGUCGACUCGUACCACGUCACCUUCCAGCUGACGUUCGACAACCACGCCUUCCGCGAGAGCCACGCCAUCCGGCUGGUGCGCGACGAGCAGAGCCUGCCCAUCCGCGCCGGCAUCAUCUUCGAGCUGUUCCCAUUCUCCAUCGCCUUCACAUCAAAUAUGGUUGUAAAGAACCUCGGUCAGUCGAUGAUGACCAUUCUGCCGGAGCUGAUCGGAAGGAAAAUCGAUGAGUGGUUCGACCUGGUCCGGCCGCUGGUGGAGUUUAGAUUCUCAGGGAUUCUGAAAAAGACCAACAACAUUUUCGAGCUGGUAACAAUUGACGCCCCGUCUCGCCUGCGGGCGCUGGACAGCAAGGUCAACACCAACGGCAUGGUCGACGACUUCGACGACGACCUAAUCAUCAAGGAGAAAAAUCUGCGACUCAAAGGUCAGAUGAUGUACUUUGACGAGUGGCGGAUGAUCCUGUUCCUGGGUACGCCGGUGAUGCCAGAUCUGGACGCCAUGAUCCACACCGGACUCUUCAUCAACGACCUCUCGAUGCACGACUUCAGCAGGGACCUGAUGCUGGCGAGCACGCAGCAGUCGAUCGAGCUCAAGCUGGCGCUGGACCAGGAGCAGCUCAAGUCGAAGAAGCUCGAGGAGUCGAUGAAGAAGCUGGACGAUGAGAUGCGGAGGACGGACGAGCUGCUGUACCAGAUGAUCCCCAAGGAGGUGGCCAACCGGCUCAGGAAGGGCGCCAACCCCGUUGACACGUGUGAGGUUUUCGAGAGCGUCACCAUUCUGUUCUCCGACGUGGUCAACUUCACCGAGAUCUGCAGCAGGAUAUCGCCCAUGCAGGUGGUCGCCAUGCUGAACAGCAUGUACUCCAUCUUUGACAGGCUGACAGAGUUCAACCAAGUCUACAAGGUGGAGACGAUCGGCGACUCCUACAUGGUGGUGGACGGCGCGCCAGAGAAGAGGACCAACCACGCCGAGCGGAUCUGUGACAUGGCGCUGGACAUGGUGGACGGCAUCACGGGACUCACCGACCCGUCCACAGGAGACCAUAUUGAGAUCCGCGUCGGCGUUCACUCUGGUACCGUGGUGGCCGGCGUCGUGGGGCUGAAAAUGCCCCGCUACUGCCUAUUCGGAGACACCGUCAACACAGCGUCCCGUAUGGAGUCGAACAGUCAGGCCAUGCAGAUUCACAUCUCGGAGCCGACUAAGCAGCGUCUCGGCCCCAGCUACCGGACCGUCGAGCGGGGCGGCAUCCACGUCAAGGGAAAAGGCGCCAUGAAGACCUACUGGCUGCGCUCGCGGGACGGCCGGCGCCCGGUCUCUGCCAAAAUUCCUGACUCGGACUCGGAGGAGAGCAGUCCGCCGCACGCGCGCAGUCCGCGCCUCUCGCUGGGCAGGAACAGCUACACGCCGGUCAGCCAGGACUCACAGCAUCGCCGGCCGGCCAGCGGCACCCUGAGCAGCUCCGGACUAAAACUCUCCAACCUGCUGACAUUCGACGAGUCACGGCUGAUCGACAUCAAGCGUCAGCGGAGCCGGGCGCCGCCGGCCGGGCCGCUGGGGCGCACCUCGCGCGCCCAUUCCAUCUCGUCGGCCAGCUGCGCCGAGGUGGCGCGCUCGCCGCCGCCGCUCGCCGCCCUGCUGCACUGCUCCAUGAACGACCUGAGCCAGGCGCCGGCCACCAGCGUGACGCACGGCGCGCCGCUGCUCGUGCAGCCGGCCGCGCACGCGCCCAACCUGGACUCGGCGCCGGCGGCCGCCAAGCCCGGCUGCCACUACUCCAAGAGCGUGGAGGCGGUGGUGGUGACCACGCCGUCCGGCUGCUGCCGGCCGCAGCCGGCCAAGGGCGGCAGUGCAGUCUGCGGCCUGCUCUAGCCGCCCCGCCGACCACCGCCGGCCGUCCACCGAUCUCAGGCGCGAGACGCCGUCCCCUGUCCACCAGUGUUCUGUUUCAUUUGGAACAUAAAUGACCGUCACUGAC